AUUAUGUUAGUAGUUGAUGUUAAUAUUAAUGUUAGUAUUACAUUACUGCAUAUAUUCUAAUGUAGUCAAAAAAUUGUCAAUAGUUAUUCAAAAUUGGACACUGAGCAAUAAGAAUAAAAAUGAAAAAUUGGCAAUUGAUAUUUCUAAUGUUGAUAAUACCCUGUGUAAUAUUUAACGAAGCAAUUCAAUUUUCAAAUAAUAAUGUAAAAUGUCAAUAUGAAAAAGGUGUUACUAGAAAAGCUGCUGAAAAUGGAAAUUUAGAAUUGUUAAUUUACGUUCAUGAAAAUGGAUGUGAAUGGGAUGAUGAUACGACUAUUGUAGCAGCUGAAAACGGUAAUUUGGAAUGCUUAAAAUAUGCUCAUGAUAAUGGGUGUGAAUGGAACGAAGAAACAACACAGGCUGCUGCUGCUAAUGGACAUUUAGAAUGUUUAAUAUAUUUACAUAAAAAUAAAUGUCCUUGGGAUAAAUGGACAACAGAAGCAGCUGCUUAUAACGGGCAUUUAAAUUGUUUAAUAUAUGCUCAUAAUCAUGGAUGUCCAUGGGAUAUAUGGACAACAGAAGCAGCUGCUGCUAAUGGUUAUUUAGACUGUUUAAUAUAUUUACAUAAAAAAAAAUGUCCUUGGGAUGAAAGGACAGCAGAAACAGCUGCUUCUAACGGACAUUUAAAAUGUUUAAUAUAUGCUCACGAAAAUGAAUGUCCAUGGGAUAAAAGGACUACAGAAGCAGCUGCUUCUAAUGGACAUUUAGACUGUUUAAUAUAUUUACAUAAAAAUAAAUGUCCAUGGGAUAAAAGUACGACUGAAGCAGCUGCUUCUAACGGGCAUUUAAAUUGUUUAAAAUAUGCUCAUGAUCAUGGAUGUCCAUGGGAUAAAAGCACGACCGAUGCUGCUGCUAAAUAUGGUAAUUUAGAUUGUUUAAAAUAUGCUCAUGAAAAUGAAUGUCCAUGCGAUAUAAGAACAAUAGAAGGGGCUGCUUCGUAUGGUAAAUUAGAAUGUUUAAAAUAUUUACAUAAAAAUAAAUGUCCUUGGAAUGAAAGGACAACAGAAACAGCUGCUGCUAAUGGACAUUUAGAAUGUUUAAUAUAUGCUCAUGAAAAUGAAUGUCCAUGGGAUGAAAGAACAACAGAAGCAGCUGCUUCUAAAGGACAUUUAAAAUGUUUAAAAUAUGCUCAUGAUCAUGGAUGUCCAUGGGAUAAAAGCACGACUGAUGCUGCUGUUCAAUAUGGUAAAUUAGAAUGUUUAAAAUAUUUACAUAAAAAUAAAUGUCCUUGGGAUGAAAGGACAACAGAAACAGCUGCUGCUAAUGGACAUUUAGAAUGUUUAAUAUAUGCUCAUGAAAAUGAAUGUCCAUGGGAUAAAAAAACAACAGAAGCAGCUGCUUCUAAAGGACAUUUAAAAUGUUUAAAAUAUGCUCAUGAUCAUGGAUGUCCAUGGGAUGAAAGCACGACUGAUGCUGCUGCUAAAUAUGGUUAUUUAGAAUGCUUAAAAUAUGCUCAUAAAAAUGGCUGUGAAUGGAAUCAAAUCAAUAUUGUGUUUAGUGCUAUUCAAAACGGUAAUCUAGAAAUGUUAAAAUAUGCCCACGAAAAUUUAUGCGAAUUGAAUAGAAAUGCAACUAUUCGGGCUGCUAUAAAAGGUAAUCUAGAAAUUUUAAAAUAUUUACAUAAAAAUAAUUGUCCUUGGGAUAAAUUUACAACAGAAGCAGCUGCAAUAUAUGGCAAAUUAGAUUGUUUAAAAUAUGCUCAUGAUAAUGGAUGUCCAUGGAAUGAAAGAACUACAGGAGCAGCUGCUUUUAAUGGUAAAUUAGAAUGUUUAAAAUAUGCUCAUGAUAAUGGAUGUCCAUGGAAUAAAAUCACUAUAGGAGCAGCUGCUUUUAAUGGUAAAUUAGAAUGUUUAAAAUAUGCUCAUGAUAAUGGAUGUCCUUGGGAUGAAAGUACGACUGAAGCAGCUGCUAUUAAUGGUAAAUUAAAAUGUUUAAAAUAUGCUCAUAUUAAUGGAUGUCUAUGGGAUGAAAGCACAACUAGAGCUGCUGCAGCAAGUGGCUAUUUAGACUGCUUGAUAUAUGCUCAUGAAAACGGAUGUAAUUGGUAUAAAGAUACGAUAGCUGUAGCAGCUGUGCAUGGUAAUUUAGAUUGUUUAAAAUACGCCCGUAAACAUGGAUGUCAUUGGAUUGAAGGUACAAUGAGAUUGGCUGCAGCGAAUGGAUAUUUAGACUGCAUUAAAUAUGCCCAUGAAAAUGGUUGUGACUGGGACGAAGGUACAACAAGGGAAGCUGCUGCUAGUGGUCAUAUUGACAUUUUGGUAUAUGCACAUAAAAAUGGAUGUAAAUGGGACGAAGGGACAAUGAGUGGAGCUGCUGCAAAUGGCCACUUAGACUGUCUAAAAUAUAGUCAUUUAAAUGGGUGUGUGUGGGACGAAGGGACAACAAGACUUGCUGCUGCAAAUGGUCAAUUUUUUUGCUUAAAAUUUGCCCAUGAAAACUAUUGUCCAUGGAGUAGAGGUACCAUUUAUGAAGCUACUCAAAAAGGUUAUAUAAAUAUAAUCAAAUAUGCUACCGAAAAUGGCUGUCUCAAUUAAUUUUCUGUUGAUAUAUAAUUAGUUUUUCAUUUAAGUUGGCUAUUGUCACAUUAUUUUUGAAAUAAAUUAACUUGAAUUUUUAUGUACAUCUAAUUAAGUAUUUCAGGACAUGUUAUUUUCUUAAAUAAUACUAUUUUUGUAACUAUUAUCAAAACUAAUAUAUGACAUCAACUUUUUUCUUAUCUAUUAAAUAUUAAUCUUAUAAAAUUUUCCAUAACAUAACAAAAUACUACUGUAUUUUAAUC